AUGACUAAUUUUAGAGAAGCUCCUCCUCCCAAAAUGGACCAAUACACCUAUAGCGAUUUUCUACGCGAUCACGGUGCUGUCCUCAUCUCCAUGCGGGUUCCUGAGCUUUACUGGCCCUCAGUGCACAUCAAACUACAGAAUAAGAUUUUUGACGCUCCAACGAAGUUCGAACUUGGCAUGCUUAAUUACACCAGUGAGACCACACAUGAAGUGGUCGAAAGGGAACUCUUUGUCUCUGUCAAAGUGGACGAGGUUCGAGCCUCCGAUUCGGAGAGCGUCUUUCUCGUCGAUCAUGCGUGGACGUUUGAACUGCCAGAUGUACGGAGUACUCUGGAGUCGAACGCUACUCUGCUGCAGAGAAUGAAGACAAUGAUGUGCAUCGAGAUAGAGGAUGAAAGUGAAGUAGUUGAAGCAGUUAUGCGAAAGCUAUGGAAAUUUUGUCGCCUCUACCAACUUUCGCAGCCACUAGACAAAGAUGAAGAGGAGAGCAUGAUCAAAAGGAAUGUCUGGUACAUUCUCGAUGAAUUUGGCUCCAGCCUAAAGCAGUCCACUACUCCUAACGUUUGUGUCGCUUCGCUACUUUACGUCCCCGAACAGCUCUGCUACUCUCUGUUUUGGCCCAUCGAAGAUUUGCACAAGGAAGACACUCUCUACGUUGACUGGUUGUCUGUUGUGACUGAUGAGGAAAAAAAAUCCCUUCUCCUCAUUCCCUGGGAGGGUGGAGACUUUUCGGAUAGGUUUUCUGCUCAUACCUUCGUCUUAACGGAAAAGUUCUUCACUAGUCACAAAAUUGCUGAAACCCUCCCUGAUCCCAACGCAAAGUUAGUGGAUUCUGUAACAGCACCCCAAUUGGUCUACACGGAUCUUGAGUUGGUUUCUAAGUCGUUGACUAGUCCUAACUACAAGAUCACUGCGGAUCGUGAUCAAGCCGGGAUUGUCUGGGUUCGCAAACACAUUCGCGAUUAUGCGUGGUUGUCCCAAAAGCAAAGCCACGUGUGGUUGAACCAGUUUCCCAACGAGUCCGUCCUCACUGUGAAGGAUAUGCUAGCCGCCCUCGCUGCUUCCGAGCGUGCCAUCGAAAUCAGCGGCCCCGGUGACGCAUUUGACCUCGAGGAGGAGGACGAAGCGGAUGCGGAGAAUCCCCGUGGUGACGCUGACCGCCCCAAGCGGGCUCUUACCUCCGCCUGGUAUCCCGUAACCUUUAACCUCUUCUACGAGUUAGCACAGUUUGUGGGUUUCUUCCAGCGUAAAUCCGAGGAGAUUUCAGAUGCAGAAGAAGAGAAGAAAGCAGAAAGGAAUGAUACAAAAAAUGACUUGUUACAAUGUCCCCAUGCCGACGUGUGUCUCCGUUGUGACAGGCAAGGUCGACAUGUGUCUGUUACCAUCGGCUGUGAGUCAAAAAAACGCAAUAUUUGGAUCGUGAAACCCUGGAACCUGGGUCGUGGUUUGGGCAUCUGCAUUUCCGAGAACCUAGAUCAAAUUCUCCGACUCAAUGAAUGUGGCCCAAUGAUUGCUAGUCGAUAUAUCACUGAUCCUGUGCUCUUCUACCGGAAGGACAUCUCCAGUUGGGUGAAAUUCGAUUUGCGCUAUGUCGUCUUCCUCAUAUCCACCCAGCCCCUCCGGCUCUACACUCACAAGGUCUUUUGGUUGCGCUUCGCCAAUAAGCACGAAAUUAAUGACUACUAUGCGGUGCCCGGGAUCUACCCUGGAAGUGUAUUUGUUGUAAACAUGCAGCAGGACUGCAUGUUCUACAGCACAGGUUACGUGAACGGAGCCCCGUACUACUGUCGUGGAGGCCGAUUGGUGGGUGCUGAAAUGGUCCAAGUAAUCUGCCACUCCUCCUGUCGUCUUCACUGUCUCCGACUAACGCAAUUUUCACUGGACCAUUUCGACGACUACACGAAGCAUUUUACCGUAAUGAACUAUCGCGAAGCUGAUGAGCUUUUGCAUAUCCACCACACUGACUUCAUUCAGGCCUUUGAGAAGCAGUAUCCCAACCUGCGGUGGAAGGACAUUGAGAGAGGUUUGGGCGCCUAUGGCAAGUCACGCGCUAUGUACGCGGUGGAUUUGCUUCUGGAGUGGCGGCAACGGCAGCAAGAGACCUCCUCCUGCGGCUUUCAUAUGGAACCGCAGAUCUGUGAAGUAAACUUCACCCCCGACUGCACGCGAGCCUGCCACUACUAUCCCAACUUCUACAACGAGGUCUUUGAUUUCCUCUUUCUGGGUCGCGAGUCUGAGGACAUUGUGCAACUCCUGCGGUACAGAAUUUGGGGCCGUGGUAGACGUACUCAGCUAGUUCUGUUUGCGUGGUGGCUUAUGGACGUCGAUGAACGAACUGUUAGGGGUUCCGCUGUUUGGCAUAAGAAACAAGGCACUUUGUGUAGCAGUCCGAAACUGAAGUCUUUGAAAAGUUGUUGUAAGUGCGUUGUCUCUGAUCGACCGUGCCAGCAUUCCCUCUCCACUUGGCCAUUUCUCCUGAACUUCAACGAAAUUCCACGACCUGCGUAUCCCAUGCCUGUUCGGCCAACUCUUAAUGCAUUCUCAACGAACCAGGCUGUUUCAAUUGCAUGUUUAAUGCUAACCACUGGGGGCCAUCUUUCCUACCGCCACCUUUUUCAUCACCACAACCUUCGGAGUGGUCCUCCUCUGUGGUUUACUGCUUUUCUAUUGAUUCUCUGCGCGUUGGGCCGUUGUCUACCAAGCUCCUCCUUUGGAGAAGGCCUAACUUUUGAAAUGGCGUUAGUCGUAGUGUGA